AUGGACUCAGAUUCAAGUGAUAAGCCUGAUUCACCUAUAAAUCGUCCAAGCACUAUUGAUAUCCAAAUUCAAUUCGGCACUCCCCCAAACGUAGAGAAUGAGCUCGUAAGCAAUGUCACAGAACCUCAUUUGGUUUGCAAUUGUGUCUCUGAAGUUCUUUUGGCUCCUUUGAUCAAUUAUUUAAAAACGCUUGGAUAUCCCUUACUGCUUGAAACCCAAUCGAGCAUUUUUAAUGCUCAUCAUAAAUGGGAUUUAUUAUUUUUUAUAUUUUAGUUUAUAAAAUAAAUGGUUAAAGUGCUUUAAAAACUAUUUAAUUGAAGAAAAUAAUUCAAUUUUUUCUUUUUAUAUUAUCAUUUUAAAGCUCUGUGCUUUUUAAAGCAAAUAAUUAAGUUUACUUUAAUUGAUAUUAUAAUAAAAAUUAAUAAACUUAGUUUUAAAAAAAAAUCGAGUUUUUGUUCACUGUAUAAACUGAUUUAGAUAAUGCAAUGAUAUGAUACUAUUCGCCGACUGCUCGGCUAAAUGUUUAUUGUGGCAAUGAUCCACUUCCGUUUUCUAUAUCGAUCCCAAUGUUCGAAAUUAAGGAUAACAAGCUUUCUUUAAUUUGCCGAGGCGCUAUAAGGAACAAAUUUGGAACCGUAGUAACAUUGGGAUCAACCCCUAGUGCCAAAUCCAAGCCCGAUGAAGAGGCAUCAAACGACCAAAAAUCAUCAAGGCGGACAAAAGAACGAAAAAUAGGGUACAUCAUAGAAAAAGUCAGCAAGUGACGAAAAUUGUAUAACGGAACACCUAAUACAAAAGGGGAGCUCCAAAAAAUGACUUUGGAAGAAGCCGCCACAAAAGUUGGAAUUUCAAAGAAAUCUUUAGAUGAUUAUUUAUUGCAGCUGAGAUUUGGAAGAAAAUUCGGGUUCAAUUUUCAGGAACAUAAAGAUGAUAAGGUAGGAAUUCUGAGAGCUUAUGUCAAAAAGUGCAAAACACUGCAUACUUAUGCUAAGAAGAUCGAAGACGGUGAACCCAUUCCUGCAGACAUCAUUUCAAAAUUGCAGGAGCCUGGAACUCCAGCAUGCAAGCAUAAUCGAUGCUGUGCACCAAGCUAUUCACUGCCGUACAAACACUCAGAUUCCCAGCCAUCUCUGCCAUUAAUAUACCCAAGUUACCCUAGCUUUUAG